AUGACCCCGAAUAGCGCCUACUUGCCCAUGACGCGCUGCAUCUUUCGCGCGCUGACAGACGAGGGAUACAAGGCGGUGAUGGGCAAGCCACCAGGGACGUACUCGCUGCAGUCGGAGAUUGCGCAGAAUCACGCGACUCUGCACCUGCAUCAGAUUGUGGCUGGCACAGACGCCUACCCUUCCCUGCGUGUCGUGGACCUGAUCCCGUCCACCCACUGCAGUCUGAGCGCUGACACGGCAGUAACAAUGGUGGUUCUCCCUCCCGCUCCCAUUGUUGGUGACAGAACGGACAAGGACGUCUCGGGAGAGGCCUACCACAAUGACGUCCCGGACGCGUGUGUCGCUGUGCGUCUGGACAAGAGCCUCCGCGGCUCAACGGCGCUCGCCACACCACGCGCCCUCGAGAACCUGCUCAUCGAGGACGAGGCUCUCGUGAGGGUGAGCGGCGGCUGCCACAAAUGCGUGUUUGUGGUGAAUGAGUUAAGGCCCACGCCCACAGGCUCGUCCUCUGACGCAAUGAUGAUGGUGGGCGCCGAGCUCUUCCGAAACGUGCGCGCCGCCUUCUACAGUCAUCCGUCACAGGUGUUGAUGUCGUCCGCGCAGUCGUUCGACUACUCGAACACGGUGUUGUGCCUUCCUGUGGAUGCCUUCCAGCCUGUAGAAGAUGACUCCGGAGAGCUUCUUCACAGAUCGGGUGCCGCACAGACGCACGCUCUCACGAAGAUCGUCCUUUGCCCUGCUGUGAACGAUGCGGCUCUGACAGAGCUCUACGGGCUCCACUACGCUGACUUGUGCGCACUCUUCGGCGCCGCCUCAGCUGCCGCCUGGGAGGGACGCCUCGUCAGCACCGGCGACGUACUCUACCUUGAAAAGGACACGCUCCACGCAGUGGCGCGGCGACUGGAAGGCGUGGAUGUGUUGGAGUGUGUGGCGCGCGUGCUGUCUCACAAGGUCCGCAAAUGGAACGAAACGUGGGUGGAUGAAAACGCCUCCUGCCUCCACCUUCUUGCCCUGCGCGUGGUGCGUCUGGAGAGGAGUGGCACCCCAGUGUCAUUUGGUGUUCUCCGCAACUGCGGCGGCGAGGCAGACGCCGUGGAGGUGGCGCUCGUGCACCAGCGAAACAGCCGAGUGUGGGAACCCACACCGAUCUGGGCCCCAUCCCCAGCACACGGACUUGCCCAUGUUGAGGUGUACGCUCGCCUCUGUGGUGAACUGCGCCGUGUUGUGACGCCGUCACUGGAGCACGACGUGCACACUUUUGUUGUUCACGGAGUAAAGGAGAACCUGCCGCGCGAGUUUGUCGAGUGCGCCGCUGCAGAGUUUGGCCUUCCCUGCCUCCUCGCCUCCGUGGAGGCGAUGGAGGAGGCGGAGCUGGAGAUGUUGACCCGGACGUUUCUCGGCGAGCUAUGCGGUGCGGCGACGGUACUGAUUGUCCACAACGCGCACAGAAUAGCGGAUCUGUGUCCGCACUUUUUAUCGGUGCUCGACGAGCCGAGCAGCGGCGUCCGAGCGCUGGUGGCCGGGGGUCCACCGCCAGGACCUCGCAUCCUCUUUCUUCUGUGCGAAUCGAUGGACGCUGUACCACCCAUGAUCGCAGCUCGUGCCACCAACGCAGACGGUGUGCUGGAGUGCGGCAACCCAUCUGAGGAGGACCGCGCAGCGUUCAUCGCGCCACUGCUGCAGUGGAGCUGCGCGCACCAUCGUGUGCAUGCGAGCGUCCUUCUGCCACCCAAGACGCUCGCGGGCUGGGCAGUAGGUCUGACGUAUGCCGACAUAUUGUCGCUUGUGGAGGCGUGCGUGUGCGAUGCAGCGCAGUGCGCGCGGUGCACCGGAGAGGCAUUGGCGGUCGUCAGCGACGUCUCGUGCGAGUCCGUGGUGCAGUCCUACCUCAAGUCGCACGGGUACAGCAUGGUCUCCACCAAGCUGCAGCCCGUUCGCUGGGGCGACGUGGGCGGCCUGGAGGAAGCCAAGCGGGAGUUGCGCGAGAUGAUUCAGUUCCCCAUCCUAUACCCUGAGGUGUUCGAGAAGGGCAUGAAGAAGCGCACCGGGGUUCUCUUUUACGGGCCUCCCGGCUGCGGGAAGACGCUUCUGGCGAAGGCUGUCGCCACAGAGAUGAGCAUGAACUUUAUAUCCGUCAAGGGUCCGGAGCUGAUUAACCAGUAUGUUGGUGAGAGUGAGAGGAAUAUUCGGCUCCUCUUUCAGCGGGCGCGUGACAACUCGCCGUGCAUUGUUUUCUUCGACGAGAUCGAUGCACUGGCGCCGGCGCGUGGCGCGAAGGGCGACGCCGGAGGCGUCAUGGACCGCAUUGUAUCGCAGCUCCUGGUGGAAGUGGACGGCGUUGGCCAGAAGCGCUCUGACGGCACGGCGAGUGGAGACGUGUUCAUCAUUGGAGCCACAAACCGACCGGACCUGCUCGACCCCGCACUCCUGCGCCCCGGCCGCUUCGAUCGAUUGUGCUACCUCGGUAUUCCGUCUACGCGCGAGGAGCAGCUCUUUGCAAUAAAGGCUCUGACCCGCAAGUUCGACAUGAGCGCCGACGUUGAUCUCUCGGCAGUGCUGGAACCGCUUGACUUUGUGUACACCGGUGCCGACUUCUUCGCUCUCUGCUCGGACGCCAUGAUGUUUGCCGUAGAGGACGCCCUUGAGGAGGUGCAACAGCGGAUCGCGACAUCCGCGGUAGCGGAGACCGCGGAUGCUAGCACUCCUGAUGCUGAACUGCCACCUGCGACGGCGGCGGCCGAGGAGGAGCGGAGGCCGAUAACGGUCUGCCUGCAACACUUCCUCCGUGCUCGAGCGCAGCUGAAACCCUCUGUGACGAAGGCAGACCUACAGAAGUACGAAGCCCUCAGGCGGACGUUUGACAAGUCCACGAAGAAGUAG